CCACGGCUUGGCGAGUUCAUCGCCUAUGCACUCCACCGCACCCGGCUUCCGCUGGCGGUGACGCACCAGGCACUGUUCCUGCUCAAGAGGCUCAAGAGCCGCUUCCCAGCGGCACGCGGCUCCUCGGGCCACCGCCUCUUUAUCUCGGCCCUCAUGCUGGCGAGCAAGAGCAGCUGCGACGACACGUACAGCAACAAGAGCUGGACCGUCGUCGGCCAGGGCCUCUUUACGCUGCGCGAGGUCAACCAGAUGGAGCGCGAACUGUUUGGCUACCUCGGCUACAAGGUCAACGUGGAGAAUGAGGAGCUG